GUGCGGCGAUUGGCGCAAGCAAAGCGUGUGGAACUGAAUUCCUUGCGUCUCCUCUGCUCUUGGCAUCUCGUCCUCGAUCUCUUCUUGCUAUAUAUAUAGCUUCGCCUUCGCAAGAUCAUCGAUCGAGCUUGCACAGGAGGAGAGCAGGUGCAGCUAGCAAUGGCCGUGGGCAUGAGGGGUUUGCUGGUGCUGACGCUUGGGCUCGCGAUGGCUGCGACCUCGUCGGCGGCCAUCUACAAGGUCGGCGACGCCGCCGGUUGGACCAUCCUCGGCAACAUCAACUACACCGACUGGACUACGAAGAAGACCUUUCAUGUUGGAGACAUCAUAGAGUUCACGUACCCCCAGGGCAUCCACAACGUGCUGGAGGUGACCAAGGCCGACUACGACAGCUGCUCCAACUCCACGCCCAUCGCCACGCACACCUCCGGCGACGACAAGAUCGCCAUCAAGAGGCCCGGCCACCGCUUCUUCAUCUGCGGCGUGCCCGGCCAUUGCGCCGCCGGCCAGAAGGUCAACAUCCGCGUCCUCAAGCCGCGGUCCUCUGAUGCCCCUUCCAAGGCGCCCGCGCUCGCGCCGGCGCGCUCGGCGGCGGCGACCCCCAGUGGCAGCAGCGAGCCGAGCGCCGCCUCGCCGCCGGCCGCCUCGUCCACUGACAGCACCCCCGACGCGCCGACGACCACCGCUCCCGCGCCCAACGCCAACGGCGCCAGGGUCCGUGGAGGUUACCGAGCUGUCGUAGCGAUGGCGUUGGCGGCGGUCGCCUCCAUGGCAAUGCUGCAGUAGAUCACGGCUCCCUAGUGGCCUUGUGCAGUCGAGAGUCUACAUGUGAUUUUUUUUUUAAGUAAGCGUCUACCUUGGAUUGUUUCGCCACGAUGUGUGCUUCAGUGUGAAACUUUUUUGUUUUGGGGUCAUGGUUCACUUGCACAUGCGACUGAUUUCCCAGGAUCAUGUACUUCUUCUCUGUCGAUAUUAAUUUGUCUAUUCUGUUCUCUGUUUGUAAUCCAUGGAGGAAAAGGAGCACCAGACUCUCAGUGGAUGAAUUUAGGAAACCCAAUCUAUA